CUGCCGCCACCGCUGCCACCACCGCUUCCCUGCCGCUGCGGUUGGCGGUGGAGGUCAGCUUCGACCGCCCAGCAGCUCUGGGGCCCGCAUUCGUGUCGUCGCUGCUGCACGCGCUGUCGCUGCAGGUGGAGGCGGCGGCAGCGGGCAUGACACCCGCGCGAGGAGGGGCGGCAGGAGCAGGGACAGCAGGAGAGGAAGGGACAGCGGGAAGAGCAGCAGCAGCAGCAGCAGUGGCAGCAGUCGCCUCCAGCACCCGGAACCGCACCCAGCGGCUAAUACACCCCGGGCAGCGCCGGCAGCCACCUCCGGCAUCACCCCUGCUGUACACCGCCGCCAUGCCCCGCAGCGGUAACGGUCACACAACUCCUCCCUUCCCCUCCUCCUCCUUCCCAGCUGCUGCUGGUGCUACUGCGACUACUGCUGCUCCUGCCGCCAUGCAACCGCAUCCCUACUUCCCUCCAACCCUAGCCCCUCCUCCUGCUCCUCCCUGUCCUCCUCCUUCCCAACAACAAUCCCCACUGCCGUACAACAGCACUACUCCCAAUGCCAACCGCCAACUCCCCAACCACCUCCUAACUCCCAACGAGGUGUCGUACGCCGCAUCUGCCGUAUCCCGCCUGCUAGCGGGUCAGCGCUACGUGGCUCCCCAUGUCGUAC